UUAAUUUUGGUGCAGGUUGGUGUCUCUGCUGUGAAGGGUGUUUUGUGUUGGGACGUGGCUGAACACGUCCCACAUUCAGAACGCGGAUGUUGCUCCAGUAUAUAAAUGAGACCUGAGUGCAGACAACCUGGGCGGUAACCUGGAAGCACAGCAGUGCAGCAGCAUCAGCUCCCUCACAGCCACCAACUUUCUUCUGUCCUCACCAGGUCCAGAGCACUAUGCCAGUCCACAAAGAAUUUGAGAUUGCGGGCAAGAAGCCCGGCCUGCAGGUGUGGCGUAUAGAGAAAAUGGACUUGACACAAGUGCCCCCCCAACUGUAUGGGGAGUUCUUCAGCGGAGACGCUUACAUAUUGCUCCACACCACCGAUGCUCCUUCGUACAACGUUCACUCAUGGAUUGGCAGCGAAGCAACUGCAGAUGAGAGAGGAUGUGCUCCCAUCUUCAUGACCCAGCUGGAUGACUACCUUGGACAAAAGCCGCGUCAGUUCACUGAGUUUCAAUAUGAGGAGUCUAAUACCUUUAUGAGCUACUUCAAGUCUGGUGUCAAAUACAAGAAAGGAGGAAUAUCAUCAGGCUUUCGUCAUACAACCGAAGAGAUUGUCAAGCGCCUGCUGCACAUUAAAGGUCGUCGUAAUAUCAGAGCGAUAGAGGUGGACAUGUCCUGGAAAAGCUUCAACAAAGGAGACUGCUUCCUCAUUGACUUGGGAGAGACGAUUUACCACUGGGCUGGUAGUGAAUGCAAUGUCUUUGAGUGCCUGAAAGCCACUGGUGUGGCCAUUGAAAUACGCGACAAUGAGCGAGGUGGCAGUCCUGAAAUAAUCUACGUCGAGGAAGGCAGUGAGCCUGAAGAAGUCAUUAAAAUUCUGGGACCAAAACCCGACCUCCCAUCAGGAACCUCAGACGAUAAAUCUGCUGAUAAGAAGAGCAAGAAACUGGCAUCUCUCUAUUUGAUUUCUGAUGCAGCUGGCUCCAUGAAGACAAGUUUGGUGGCUGAGAAAAACCCUUUCCAACAAGACAUGCUCUCCGAAAAGGAUUGCUACAUCUUAGACAAUGCAGGGGACAAUACAGUAUUUGUCUGGAAAGGAAAGGAGGCAAACAAAAAAGAGCGAAGUGCAGCACUGGCUGCUGCAAACAAGUUCAUCAAAGACAAGAAUUACCCCCCAAAUACUAAGGUCCAGGUAAUGCCAUCUGGAGCUGAGGCAGCCCUGUUUAAGCAGUUCUUCUUCAAUUGGCUUGACAAGUAUGAGACUACAGGACCAAGUAAUGCCUACAUUAUUGGUAAAAUCGCAAAGGUGGAGCAGAUUCCCUUCGAUUCCUCCUCACUCCACGACAACCAGAUUAUGGCUGCCAUUCACGGCAUGGUGGAUGAUGGCUCCGGGAAAGUCCAGAUUUGGCGUGUGGAAAAAGGUGACAAAGUACCUGUUGACCCAUCCACUUAUGGACAGUUCUUUGGAGGUGACUGCUACCUGGUGCUGUACUCCUACUCUGCAGAUGGCAGUCCGAAGCGUAUCAUCUACACCUGGCAAGGACAGAAGUGCACUCAGGAUGAGCUGACUGCUUCAGCCUUUCUCACAGUCACACUGGACAACUCCAUGGGUGGGGUAGCUACACAGGUUCGUGUCACUCAGGGCAAAGAACCACCUCAUCUUGUGAGCCUGUUUAAGAAGAAGCCUUUGGUCAUCCACCUGGGUGGGACGUCGCGCGAGCAUGGUGAGAGCAAGCCUGCCAGCAAACGGCUCUUCCACAUCCGCCAGAGCUCCACCAAAGCCACACGGGCCAUUGAGGUGGAGCCUGUCGCCUCUUCUCUGAAUACCAAUGACGUAUUUGUGCUGAAGGCAUCCAACUCCGUGAAGCUGUGGGUGGGAAAGGGUGGAACUCCAGAAGAGAAGGAGGCAGCCAAGUAUGUCGCCAGCCUACUCGGAGGAACAGUCUCUGAGGUGCAGGAGACUAAGGAGCCAGCUGAUUUCUGGGCUUUACUGGGUGGAAAGAAGGAGUACCAGACCUCCAAGACCCUGGAGAACACAGUCAGGGCUCCACGAUUGUUUGGUUGUUCUAACAAGACUGGCAGGGUCAUAGCAGAGGAGGUGCCAAGUGAGUUCACACAGCUGGAUCUGGCUCCUGAUGAUGUCAUGAUUCUGGACUGUGGGAACCAGAUCUUCAUCUGGGUCGGGAAGGAUGCCAAUGAGACCGAGAAAACUGAAUCACUCAAGAUUGCCACAGAAUAUCUGAGUUCUGACCCCUCUGGCCGUCAAGGCCUCCCCAUCACCACCAUUAAGCAGGGUGAGGAGCCCCCAUCCUUUACCGGCUGGUUCCAUGCCUGGGACCCCAAGAUGUGGGACAAAGAUAUGUUGCAGUACAUUCAACAGUGUAUUCAAAAGAAUUAGCAGAAAAACACAAAUCUAUAAAAGAUCAAAUCCUUCCUGAAUCUCUUGGAGUGAGUGGAGCGCAGAGAUACAUGGAGCAUUCAAAAUUUGACAUUGGAUUUUGUAACACAAAUAAAAGGGCUGUUAUUUAAAUAACACAACAAAGCCUAAAAUAAUAAGAAUAUUAUGAAACAGCACAGAGACAAACACAGCCUUACUAUUGCCAGCUCACAGAAUUGAAAAAACAUUUAGCAUUAUACGUUUGCGGGACAGGUUUUUGGUAUUUUCUUUGACGCUUCUUUUCAUCCUUUUACAUAUGAAUCAAGACAACUGUAAAGUGUUUAAUACCCAGUAAUAAGUCAUUAUGUACUAUUUUGAAAUUUUACACAUUUCAUAGAUGAGGCACUGGAACAAAUGUGUAAUUAUGUUUCAUGACAGAAUUAAGGUAUCCUUUUUAUUAAAUAAAAAAGACAUGUCCCUUUUUCCAGCCUGGAUUUCAAUGACAAAUUCUGAAUUCUAAUAAAAGCAUCAUCCCUUAUU